AUGGUUAUCGAAAAUUUUAAUGAAUUUAUACAGUCUGUCGACAAGGUUUACGCCGUUGUAUUUGCCAGUUUGUUUGGCAUUCUGCGUCUAGUUCUCACAACAGCAUAUCUAGUGGGGACAGGUGUCUGCAACUUUGUGGGCGUCCAAUCUCUGCCAGAAGCAGGAUCACGGGCAGCUCGCCUGUCAUUGAUUAACCUCAUGUCUUUGUUCUUCUCUGGGGGCAACGAGUUUGGCGCACGCCUUCUCGGCGUGUCACUUGGGACGUAUGGAGCCUUUCAUCGGACUGUUGGGUUUGUCACUGUUAUUCAAGCCACCAUCCACGUUGUGAUCAUUGCGAAGACGAGAUCAAUUUCUGCAUCGGAUAACUUGCAGUUCUAUGGUAUCUUGGCAGCAAGCAUGUUUCUUUCCCUUGUUAUCUUACCUUUAGUCAGGAAAAGAGUAUACGAGGUUUUUUUAAGGACACACCAAGGAUGCGCAAUAGUGGCGCUUUAUGCCAUUUGGCAGCACAUUCAUAUCAUGCAAAGCACUGAUGCCUGGGUGUAUCUUCGGGGGUGUGCCAUUGUUUUCAUUGUGUCGUUCGGAGCACAACUAAUCCGUAUACUCUUUCGAAACCUGGUUAUUGGGAGAAAAUGCACAAAGCUCACAUUGCAUACAUAUGGGGAAAACAUUGCGCGCUUGACGUUAACCCUUCCUCGGCCAUGGGGUGUGCGAGCUGGGGAGCGUGUUGUACUCAGCAUCCCUUCGAUCGGGCUAUUCUAUCUGGUGCAGUCGCACCCUUUUGCAAUUUGCUGGUGGGAAGACGAUGGCACCGAAAAAGCAGUUUCUGUCUCACUUCUUUUCCGGCCACGUUCCGGCUUUACCCGAAAGAUUCUCGAUCGUCUUGAGCAAGAUCGAGAAUAUACUGUAUGGAUUGACGGCCCGUUUGGUCCAGCAUCUAUCAGCUCAUAUGGCCUUUGCGGCCAUAUGGGAAACUAUGGACAUGUUUUCAUGGUAGCUACCGGCAUCGGAAUUGCCGCACAGCUCCCCUACAUCAAGGAACUCUUAAAGCAAUAUCGCCAGGCGCGAAUUCGAACUCAAAGGAUCUCUCUUGUAUGGCAGUUAGAACAGGAAGGAGACUGGGAGAGUGUCCACGACUGGUUACAAGUACUAGUAAAGGAGGACGAGGGAUAUUUACUUAGUGUCACAAUCUACGAUGCCUUAAACCCAUCAUUAAAAGGAGGUCUGCAGCGUUUCGGGUAUCAUGACCUGAUCGAAGUCCAUGGUGGAGAGCCGAACUGGGAGCAGCAGAUGUCGACUGAGAUGGAAAAGCAGAAAGGCAACAUGCUCGUAGCAGGUAGCCUUGACCAGUCACCUAUUAAAUAUAUCCAGCGCUAA